CUCGACGUCGCCGUCUCCUAGGCUGUGCUUGUUUCCUACCCACAAUACCGACUAUAUAGGGCUGGUCGCCCGUUCCUGUGCUUCUCUCUGACUCGACCCAAGGAAUCUCCGCCAUGUCUACACCCUUCCGACAGGAUAUGCCCCCACCGGGUGGUUUCGAGCCAGUGAAGUACAAGCGAAAUCUCCCGCUCCGUGGUCCGAGUGGCCUUGUCAUUCUCGGCGGCGUGACGGCGGUAUGCGCGUACGGCUUCUAUCGGCUUGGAAAGGGAAACCUUGAGAAGAGGGAGCUCCAAAGAGAGAAGGUCUGGUCGCGCAUACACCUAGUCCCGCUCCUACUCGCCGAGGGCGAUCGUGACGCGUACAGGCGUCAGCAAGCUGCGCUGGAACGAGAGAGGGAGAUCAUGAAAGAUGUUCCGGGCUGGGAGCGUCUACAACAACCCGCGCCAUCGGUCCUCAGAGUCGAUCGUGGUUAUAUGAUGGUAGCCGGUUUCCUUUGUAUCACCUUUCGGCAAGGCCGGGCUGUGCGGGACGGCGCCACGGUGGACGAGUCUGUGACUGCGGGACAGCCAGACAUCCGGACGCCCGACAACCGCCAGCAAGACGCCACAUUAGACACAGAACCGCCGAGUUGGUCCGCGAGUGACGAGAUCACGAGGAGGGCGUUGGGCACAGGCAGGGCGGGUCGGCACUGUAACUCCCAAAAGUGGGGAACAAUCCGGCCGGGAAAGGCAACAAGCCCAUCUCGCGCCUCCCAGUCCCGCUGAUUCUCACCGAGUCAGCGAACGAGGCACCGAAUUGUACUUAAUGCGCCAUGCCUCAAAUACCGCUCAUUCGAAUCCCGCCAUCCCUUGCAAACAUAUCCCCCCUUCUCAGAUCUCUCCGAGCCCGCCACAGACGCGUGGUUCCCACCCUCGCAACUUCCCUUUCCGCUCGCGCAUCCCCGCUUGCGCCAUCCCUCAUAAGGCCCGGUCCAAGCCGUUUGUAUCCUCGAACCACCUACGCUUCGACAUCCUCGAUGCCCGCCUCGCCCUUCUACCACCGCGAACACGACCGCGACGCAGCAACCAUCACCCUCGCUGCCUCCGAUAUGUCGCUACGAGACCACUCCCCCAUGUUCACCUUCGACGACCACGUCCCACAAUACGACCCUAUGAUCUCCGACCACGACAACAUGAUCUUUGGCCUCGAGCUCGACGAUCCGCUCUACCAAGAGUCUAAGUCUCCUUUCUCCAUGGACUCGACGCACCUCAUGCAAUAUAGCUCGAUGUCGUCUAUCCCCUUCCCUGGCUCACCCGAGUCGACGACCAGUCAGUUGGACGCCGGCAUGCCGACACACACACGACGCUACGACUCGACGUUCUCCAACAGCUCUGGCUACUUUGCUCCGUCGUCACCUGAAUUCAACGACUCUGCGUUGUACUCCAACUGGAUCGCUGACCCCGACGCUCCCCAUCCGUCAUCUGUGCCCAUCCCUAUCCCCGCCGGGCAUGCGCAGGGUCCGCAGUCGCCCAUGUCGUCGUCUUUCGCCGCAUUUAGCGAGAACUCGUCAAUCUUCCCUGACGUCACACCAUUCUCGCCGACGACAGCAUACGCCGCUCUACAACCACUGCCGCUCUCACCGCCCGAAGACACCGUUAUGACGGAGCAGCUACGCGCGGACCUUUCCGUCGGGAUUUCACCGCCCGCGAACCUCUACGGUGCGGAGCCGCCGGCGUGGGCCUCACACCUGUGGGAUCCAUCGGUGCAGUUGCCUUCUCCCGGAGCUCCGGUGGCGGUCAUGCCCCUAUCAGACGACAACUUCGCGACACAGAGGCCUCGGAUGUCACUGCGAAGAGGCACACCCGUGACGCAGCUCUUCCAGUCUUCUAGCGCGCCGUCGCCGUCACACGCGCGGCCGUCUCUGAGCCUGUCGCGGCCAUACAGUACGCGGCGGUCGGAGAGUAUCAGCGAGCACGACGAUCGAGAUGCCACUGUCAGGAGGAAGAAGCGACCUAUGGAGGACGACGAGAUGGAUGCGCAGGCGCAGACACGCGAGAAGCGCUCCGAGAGUCCUCCCCUGAAAUCGGUCCUCCGCCCGCCCAAGCUGGCUCCCUCUGCUUGGCAGCUGUACUUCACAGAUUGGAUCCAGCGUCACCAGGCUUCCAGUCACAAGAAGCUCAAUGUCGCACAGGCGGCUAAAGAGGCCGGCCAGGAAUACGCCAAACUCUCCGCCGACCAGAAGGAGCCUUACCGACGUCGUUCCCAAGCCCUCAAGGAGGCUCGAGAACGCGACCUCAAUGCCUACAUGCGUACCCUGACCCCCGACGAUAUCAAGCGCGAGAACGCUUAUCGGACGGCUCAGAGGAAGGCUGGGAAGUCGCGCAAGGGCAAUAUCAAAGACCCGAACGCACCGAAGAAGCCUCUCAGCGCAUACUUCAUGUUCCUGCAGCGCAUCCGAUCAGAUCCCGAGCUUGUCAAGGAGGUCUUCGGGGACGAGACUGAGACCACAAAGCAGUCCGUCCUCGCCGCGGGCAAGUGGCGCUCGAUGACUGAUGAGGAGCGCAAGCCCUUCCUUGCACAGGCUGAGCAGGAGAAGCUCGAGUACGAGUCGGCGCGCAAGAUGUACGAGGAAGGCACCACAGGUUACGGCAACAGCAUCAACUUCAGUAUCCUCCCUGGUGGUCCCAUUAACCUCAUGCCGAUUCCGCGUGCUAGCCAACGCCUGGUAAAGCAGGAGGCGCUCAGCUCUGAGAGCGAGAGCGACGGGUUCAAUACGGAUGACGGUGCCGACAAUACCCUUACUUCGCCCCGGCGUCGUUGAGCAUCACUCUUCUCCGGCUUCUCCUUACUAUCUUGGACUUUCGACUACAGCUUCGCCGUUAGGCGUAUCAUGAACGGUCUUAUGCUUCCCCGCUUUUCAUGUUUAGUUUGAACCUUCGUUCCCCAUGCGGGUGCAUUAUGGGCACUCUUCUGCCGCGAUCUUUCAUCUCUCUCUUUGGUCCACAUUGCCUUACAGUUCGCGUUUGGUGUUGUCUGCAGUUCUGUUCGCAGUUCUCACGACCGUGACGGACUCCCCAUCUUGCAUCGUUGUAUACCAACACCACCCUCCUCCAUCCUCAUGCUGUAUUGUUAGCCAGUCAUCUGUCUUCUGCUCUGUAUAUACGUAACGACCUUUCAUGACCACCCAUUGCCAGUACGUACUGUGCUAUACCUUAAUCUGAUAGCGACAAGCGGGCGACCAUCUUCUGAUGAGGAGCGCCGUCUUCGUCGAAUUCCUCACCCUCUUCCUCGUAUCCAAAUUUGCCAUAAAAUCCCUUCACGGGAAUCUGGGAGUGGCACGCAACUUUGACCGUGUCCGAAACCCUUGACCCAGGAGUCUUCGCAUCGACUUUGACAAAGUCGUGCAAGGACUGGACGAGUGCCCGCCCGAAGCGGUAUUUCCGAUAGUCCUUGAGCACGGCCAGGCGGCUGAGUUUGCAGUAGCCAUCCAUUUUCGCGCAACGGAUGGUGCCGAUCGGUUUCAGCGAAGGGGUUAGUCGCAGCAGAAAAUGGGUUGCUGUGUCGUCCAAGUCGUCUAUUUCUGUGUCGAGCGGAAAACCCUGCUCGUGGUGGAAGACGUCAAUGCGGACGUCAUAGCACUGCUGCCUGAGCUCUUCACGACCGGGCUGGCCGGGGGCAGGCACUAUGAUUAUUUCGUGCGGGGGUGGGGGUGCGGCCAUUAUCUCCCUGUGCGGGCGUAAGUGGAGGAGAUCG